UCUGCAGCACCGAGGCACGACCACCGAAGACGUGAUUGGCCGUGUCGUGUUAAACCACACCCUCUUAAAAAUCCAACCCGUCUCCAACUUUUUCCCCGAGAGCUAUAAUGAAAUCCUCUGGGGCAAGAGAGAAAUUCACUGUUUUACUCAUGAUUCAGGAUUUUUCUCCACAGGAUCAACAAGAAAAUGUAUAGACGCUGGAGUCGACACGGACUGAAGUUCGCCGCAUAGUUUCGAUCCAUCAGAUAAUCUCGAGGGGGUCGACCGGGCAUGGCAGAGGGCGAGGAGGCCAUGAGCCAGGAGGACUGGAAGGAGAAGUGCGUGGUCCUGGAGGCACUGCUCAUGAAGUUCAGAGUGCAGAUCAUCAAGAUUCGAGAGCUCACCGGCGACAAGAUUCAACAAUUGGAGACACAGGCGAACGAUGCCGAAAAACGUGCCUUCACCGCUCACCAGCAGGUGCAGUGGAUGGAGGAGAAGCUGAAAGCGCCCGACAGUCAGUCGGGAGACUCGGAGGUGCGUCUGUUCCGGCGGUGCCAGGAGCUGCGGGCCGUGGUGCAAGAGAAGGAGAACGUCAUCGCACAGCUGGAGCAGCAGCUGGAGGAGCAGAAACAGAGUCGACUUCAGGAUGCCAAAACAGUGGAGGAGAAAGCAGUUAAGAUCAAGGAAUGGGUGAUGCUGAAGUUGUCCGAGUUUGAGGUGGAGAACGCGGAGUUGAGAGAAGCCAACGAGCAGCAGGAGGUUCAGCUUGGGGAGUUGCAGAAACAAGUUCAGUCCUUUGAGCAGAAGUGUGGCGGUGGGAGAGGCGUCCUGUGCCGACCAGGUGAGGCCCAUCGCCUCAGCAGCCUGACAUUCGGCUGCUUCCAGGUGAGGGGCAAGAGCCCCCAGGUGCUGACUGGACCAGCACCCUGCCAGAGGACCCUCAGCAACCAGGGGGGGGCGGAGGGCAGAGACGCAACCAAGAAGGGCAACAAGCAGACAGCCUCCUCAGGGACAAACGGUGACGUCCAGAGACGGGACCAGACUGGACCUCUGGAGGACGACAGUGCAUCUGAAAGCCUGGAUGAGAGUGUGUGCGGAUCCGAGUCGUGUGGUGUCUCCUCCGUGCUUUCCAGUGCUGCGUCAGACGGAGAAGGAGGAGGAGGAAAAGGAGGAGGUGCUGGGGGUCAGGAGUUCAGCCGCCCCAGCAGUGAGAACUACCUGACUGCUUCAGACGACAGCAGCUCUCUGUUCGACGACGACAUGCAGCGUGCCGAGCAACCCGGCUUCGGCCUGCUGGGGUCACCAGAUGGGUCGCUGGGAGGGUGUAAGGAGGAGGAGGAGGAGGAGGAGGGGGCACCCAGGACCAAGCAGGAGGACCAAACCUCAGAGGAGCUCAACAAACGUUUCCAGUCCCAGAGACUCGACUCCUCAUCCUCGUCGGGCGAAGCCACCACCCCCAGCCCCAUCCUCGCAUCAGCACUCACCCCGAAACGACCCAACCUGCCCCAGGACCCCAGAGAUAACCCCGCCUCGCCCAAACAGCCCCGGCUGCGGACCCCGAUGAGCUUCGGCUCGACGAAUGCGGCUCGGGCCAAGAGACAUCUGAGCCAGCCUCCGGUCAGCACAGAGGCCGCGCGCGGGCGAACGCGCAACGCCCUCAGCAUGCUGCGGCCGCUCCGGCCACAGGAAACGGACCUGGACCAGGAGCAGCAGGUUGGCAUGGAGAUGGGCAGGGACGCGCCUCCUCGAGGCUCACGGACAGCGGGGCCUGCGUUUCCAGCCUUGCAGACCGUACCUGGUCCACAGGAAUCCAGUCCGGAGAUCUGUUUUGACAUCUCAGCUCCCCCGACACCCCCGUUACACAGGCUGCCCUCCUGGGAGAGUCGCAUCUAUGCUGUGGCGAAAUCGGGAAUCCGGCUGUCUGAGACGUCCUGCACGGACCCUGCUAGCAAAGACCACUCCCUCCAGUCCUCCUACCCCGCCUUUGUGAUGUACACGUCCCUCGUCUAUAAGAACAUGACCGCUCCAGUUUACACCACUCUGAAGGGGAAAGCCACCCUGCUGAGCAGCAGCCCGUUCUCGGACGAGUCGUCCAGCUCCGAGGAGUCGUCCAGCUCGGGCGAGGAGGACGGCUCCCUCUGCAGCUCCCGUGCCUCCUCCAGCUCCCACAAGGAUGGAAGCCCACGCUCCCUCAAGAGAGCUGUGUCCAUUUCCUCGAUGACAUCAGAGAGCGACUACGCCAUCCCCCCCGAUGCCUACUCCACCGAUACGGAGUGCUCUGAACCGGACCAGAAGCUCUCAAAAACCUGCUCUUCGGCCGGAGACAACGGCAAGAGCGAACCAAUGGAGAAGUCAGGCUACCUGUUGAAAAUGGUGAAGACUUGGAAAAAAACUUGGAAGAGACGCUGGUUCAUCCUCAAAGACGGAGAGCUGCUCUACUACAACUCGCCCAGUGACGUGAUCAGGAAACCUCAGGGUCAGAUCGAGGUCAACGCGACCAGCAGCAUUGCCCGUGAAGAGGGAAAACAAGUCUUGCAGGUAGUGACAGGGAAGCGUGUCUAUUACCUAAAAGCCGACUCCCCCAACCUGCUGGAGGAGUGGCUUCGGGUGCUGCAGAGCGUGCUCAGGGUAAAGGCCGCCAGUCCACUCUUCACCCAGCCGGAUAUUCGCCCAGGCAUGAAGGGAUUGCUCGUCAAGGUGAAGCACGGCUACUCCAAGCGGGUUUGGUGCGCUCUGAUUGGCAAAACCUUGUACUAUUUCCGCAGCAAGGAGGAGGAUAAGUUCCCCCUAGGUCAGAUUAAGCUGUGGGAGGCCCGGAUUGAGGAGGUGGACCGUUCGAGGGACUCCAGGGACGACCCAAAGGCGUGUGGGCGGGGCUUACAGGCGGCAUCCUUCACCAUCGCUCUCCAUCCACAGGAGAAAGAGCCCACCUACCUGCUCAUUGAGUCCUUCCACGAAAAGGAUGCGUGGCUCUACCAUCUGUCUCUGGCAGCAGGCACCAGAGUGGGCAAAGUUGGCACUGAGUUUGAACAACUGGUGGGAAAACUCUUCCAACUGGAUGGAGAUCCAGACUCCCAGUUCUGGAGACAUCCCAUGUUGUGUUUCAGUAAGGAAGCCCUGUUGUCUCCUCUCACCACCCUGCCAUCACAAGCUCUGCAGACCGAGGCCGUUAAGCUCUUUAAGACUUGUCAGCUUUUCAUCAACGUGGCCAUCGACGCUCCAGCCAUCGACUACCACGUCUCGCUGGCCCAGAGUGCCUUGCAGGUGUGUCUGGCCCACCCAGAGCUUCAGAACGAGUUCUUCUGCCAGCUCAUCAAGCAGACUCAGAGGAGGCAGCCGCACGGCCAUCCGGCCCCCCUGCAGGGUUGGCAGUUUCUAGCCCUGUGUGUCGGACUGUUUCUGCCUCAGCAUCCGUUCCUCUGGCUGCUCCAGGUUCACCUCAAAAGACACGGAGACUCCAGGACGGAGGGGGGCAAGUAUGCCAUCUACUGCCAGCGCUCCAUGGAGCGGACCCAGCAGAAGGGCGAGAGGCAGGCCAGGCUGUCCCGUAUGGAGAUCCUGUCGAUCCUACUGAGGAACCCUUAUCAUCACUCCCUGCCAUUCAGUGUCCCUGUCCACUUCCUCAAUAACACCUACCAGGUGGUGAGCUUCGAUGCUUCGACCACAGUGGACGAGUUCCAGUGUCGCCUAAACCAGGACACCGGCAUAAGGAAAACCGGAUUAUCAGGUUUCAGCUUGUACAGCGAUGACCCCACCGGACGAGAGCUGGAACACUUCCUCCAAGGAAGCAUCAAAAUUUGUGACAUCAUCUCCAAAUGGGAGCAGGCCUCUAAGGAGCAGCACACUGGCAAGUCUGAAAACACCAGGACGGUCCGCCUCACCUACAAAAACAGGCUGUAUUUCUCUCUCCAAGUCAGGGGGGAGUCCGAUAGGGAGAGGUUGCUGCUGGCUUAUCAGACGAAUGAGGCCAUCGCCGCGGGACACUUCCCUGUGAACAAGGAGCUGGCUCUGGAGAUGGCUGCCCUGCUGGCCCAGGUCGAGUUUGGGGACUUUGAGCGCCCCUUCUCUGCCCCUGGACCCGCCCAGACCAAGUCUAACCUAACCCUGAAGCAGGUCCUGGACAGAUUCUACCCGAAACAUUACCGCAGGACAACGUCUGAGGAGCAGCUCAGGCAACUGCUGCAGCGCCUCUCCGCCCGCUGGGCCUCCCUGAGAGGUCGAAGUUCCUCCGAGUGUGUGAGGAUCUACCUGACCGUUGCCAGAAAGUGGCCUUUCUUUGGUGCCAAAUUAUUUGAAACAGAGACCAUCACUCCCUCUCCAGAGCAUGGUGCACGCGUUUGGCUGGCUGUGCACGAAGAUGGUAUCAGCGUACUGGAGCACAACUCUGUUAAGCCGCUGGCAUCCCACUCGUUCAAGAACCUGAUGACGUUCGGGGGCUGCAAGCAGGACUUCAUGCUGGUCGUCGGACAAAACAUCGGUGGCAACACCAGCAAAGACAAACCCACAGAGAAACACCUGUUUGCAACAGACGCCUCCAAGAUAAGGGAGAUCACCCUUCUCGUCUCCAAUUACGUCAAUAGUGCCCAUCAGCAGAAGGCCGCCGCCCACCACCUCUCAGCACCGGCCCUGAUGGCGGCGCAUCCCAUCAGUCUGAAGAGCAAAGAGCUGAGGAGCAAAUCCCCGCCAGCGCUGGGACGCCCCAGCAAGACCCCCACGCUGCUGUGACAGCAUGGAAACUCAAACUCUGGGAAAUCUUCGCAGAAGCGGACCUGCCUUUUGCCUCAUAUUCAAUUCAAUUCAGUUUAUUUGUAUAGCCCAAUUUCAC